UACAGCAAAAUUUUAUGUAUUUAAUGGUGUCCAUAGGUCUUGCAGGCUUUCUUCACUUUCUUCCCUUCUUCCCCCUCUGGCUGGGUUCAUUUGAAAGGCCCGUCCUCAGGUUCAGAAAUUCUUUCUUCUACUUGAUAUAGUAUAUUGUGAUGACUCUCAAUUAUAUUUUUUAUUUCAUUCAGAGUUACAGAAUACAAAAUACUGAGAGUUAGGCUUACAAGAACUAUUUGGGAAUCAUUUUGACUUUUUUUUAAAUUAGCUAUUUACUAGGGAAAAUGUUAGCUAUCUUAUACAGUAUUAAAGAAGAUUGAACUAAAAAUGCAAAUAAAAAGAAAGGAUUAAUAGUAUUGGCUGGCAUCAGAAAAGCACCCAAUAUAUGAAAUGAAUAUUACUAUUGCCAACAGACUCAGUACAACGAGAAAUACAAGAGUGUAGAGCAUAGAUUGGGGGAUAUUUAAAGGAUGCUACUGAUACAAUCAAAGCGGUUAAGCCGUUUUUGUCUAUGCUUCUCUGCACCUCGACAACUUAAACAUGAAUGACAGAAGAAUAUGGGCAACAGUCUGGAUCACAGCCAUUUUCUUCUCCUCAAUUUUCCACACCUUGCCCAGUGUGUACCUGCAGGAUAACAUAUAACUGCAAUGAAAAAAUCUGUCAUAAAUGUUUUCAAAUUUCUGUGGCAUAAAAAUAUAACUGAUUUAAAGCAAGAUGAUUUUUUUUUGCUCCCAAACCCACAUAAAGGAAGAGUGCAGUGUAAGCAGCAUUGACAUCUUCCAAGGACUGCAAGUCAUGAAGCGGUUUGUCCUAAGCUUAGUCAUGUGGCAUAAAGAUGGUGAUUUCACCCACAGUGGUUUUAAAAAGAGAAACAAAAUCAUAAAAGUUUUUGAUUGUCAGAACAACCAAGCACAAAAGAAAAUAGUCUGCUGACUUGUGGCAGCUAGUAAGACGCAGAAAUCAAUAGCCCACUUUAGAUACUGAUUAGGAAAAUUUCUAAGUCAUUCAUAAUUUUCUAAGUAACUGAGUCAUGUGUUUAUUUUCUCAUUGUCCACGCAUAAAAAGGAAUAAACACCCAUGGGAGAGGAGAACCAGUCCUCCGUGACUGAAUUUGUCCUCCUGGGCCUUUCCCAGGAUCCAGAGACACAAGUGCUGCUCUUCUUCCUCUUUCUGAGCAUCUACCUGCUGACCGUGCUGGGAAACCUGCUGAUCUUCACGCUCCUUCACAUCGACUCCAGACUCCACACACCUAUGUACUUUUUCCUGAGAAACCUGUCUUUUGCUGAUCUCUGCUUUUCGACUACCACAGUGCCCCAGGUGCUAGUCCACCUCCUGGUGAAAAGGAAAACCAUUUCCUUUGCUGGGUGCUCCACACAGAUACUCGUUUUGCUCCUGGCUGGGUGCACAGAGUGUGCACUGCUGGCAGUGAUGUCCUAUGACAGGUACGUGGCUGUCUGCAAGCCCCUGCACUACUCCAGCAUCAUGACACACUGGGUGUGUGUCCAGCUGGCUGCAGGGUCCUGGGUCAGUGGAGCCUUUGUGUCCCUGGUGGACACCACGUUCACACUGCGUCUGCCCUACAGAGGGAAGAAUAUCGUUAACCAUUUUUUCUGUGAACUUCCUGCUGUCCUGAAGCUGGCUUCAGCAGACACCUACAGCACAGAAAUGAUCAUCUUUGCCAUGGGUGUGGUGAUGCUCCUCGCUCCUGUCUCCCUCAUCCUCAUCUCUUACUGGAAUAUCAUCUCCACUGUGAUCCGGAUACAGUCUGGGGAGGGGAGGCUCAAGGUUUUUUCUACCUCUGGGUCCCAUCUCAUUGUCGUUGGUCUCUUCUAUGGCUCAGGAAUAUUUGCCUACAUGAGGCCAAACUCCAAGGUAAUGAAUGAGAGGGACAAAAUGAUCUCUGUGUUCUACUCAGCGCUGACACCCAUGCUGAACCCCAUCAUUUAUAGUUUUAGGAACAAAGAUGUAAAAGAGGCUUUCAAGAAAUUAAUUGCAAAAUAGCAUUUUUGUAUGUAGUGAUCUCUGUUACAACCAGUUAAAGAUGUAAAGAGAAGCGAUUUUUUGUAGGUUAGUUUCAUUUAUAUCCCGUUUCAUCUUUUUUUUCUUCAUUCUAUUUUCCUGUUUCUUAUAUUUCAUAUACUCCUAGAUCAGUUUGACAAAUUUUCCAUUCAACAUAUAUAUUAUCAUAUCUCAAGUAAAAGGAGUUCUAAAAAAACAAAGUAAGAUUAUUGAUAGGCACUGAAAAGAUACGAAUAAAAUAAAGAAAGGAACAUGGAAAAUGAGACGAAAGAAAGAAAGGAGGAACCAAGAAAGAAGGAAUGGAGGGAUGGAGGAAGGUGAAGAACCAGUAGCUACUCUAAUUUCCAACAGUGAUAAAAUUAAAAAACAAGGCAUAUAAUUAUGAGGACACAUCAAAUACUUUGUAGAAAAUGGAGCUUUAAAAUAAGUUUGUUUAGGUGAAUGAAAGUAUGAAAUUCAUAUAUGUUUUUUUCAGAUUACAUUUUCUGUAAAGUUUUUGAAAUGCUUUCAUAUAUGUCAGAAGCAAACCAAGAACCAUCUAAGCAAAAUUAGCACAUAUGUGAAUACAUAUGUUUUCACAAAUGGAUUGAUUUCCUUUACCUGUGAAUGCACACUUUGUGUAUCUCAAGUGUGUUUCUAGGAGCUUGAGAUGUAGAUAUAAAAAAUAUAGCUUUUGUACAAAUAUUUCUAACAAUUUUUGAAAUUGCGAAUUUGCAUCUAUGGAAUAAUAAAUGGUGGAAUUUUUCUAAUAAUAUGUGAGUAGUUAGGAGAAUCAUGAGGUGCAAACAUGCAAAGUAAUAAAAGGGGUCUAGUUUGAAAAGUGCCCAAAUUCUCAAUGUGAAUUAAUGCUCUAACUAGUACUCAAACAGUAUUUUACACUUUAAAUUCUGUGUGGGUGCAAACUGUUGAAAUCUUUACUUAAUAUAUACUAAAUUGAUCUUCUGUAUAUAAAGGUAAUUGAAAAUGAAUCUUGAUGUGAAUGGAA